AUGACCAAGACCGACGCCCUCCGCCGCUUCCUCCUCCCCUGCUUCGCCCCCUCCUCCACCACCUCCUCCGCCACUCCCAUCAAGAAACGCCUCAGCACCUCCCUCCGCGACGACCAGCCCGACCCCGACCCACGCUCCUCCUCCGCCGCCGGCCAAGAUUCCGACCCUUCCUCCCCCACCUUCUCCACCAUCUCCUCCGCCCAGCCCCGUCCCUCCAAAUCCAUGGUCAUCGGCACCAUCUUCGGCCACCGCCGCGGCCACGUCUGGUUCUGCGUCCAGCACGACCGCCUCUCGACCCGACCCGCUCUCCUCCUCGAGCUCUCCAUCCUGACCCACCAGCUCGUCAAGGAAAUGCGGUUCGGGUUGGUCCGGAUCACCCUCGAGUGCGACGACCGCUCCGAUCUCGCCACCUGUCCCCUCCGCUCCGUCCCCGCCUGGGCCCUCCACUGCAACGGCCGCAAGAUCGGGUUCUCCGCCCGCCGCAAAGCCGGCGACAAAGUCCGCCUCAUGCUCAAGGCCAUGAACUCCACCACCGUCGGGGCCGGGGCUUUACCCGCCCAGUUCGGGUUCGGGUCGUCGGACUCGGACGGCCCGGUUAUGUACAUGAGGGCGAAUUACGAGCACGUGAUCGGGAGCGCGGACUCGGAGUCGUUCCAUCUGAUCAACCCGGAUCAGUUCCCCGGUCAAGAACUCAGUGUCUUCUUGCUCAGAAAUUUGAUGAAGCUUAUGGUCCUGCCUGGCACUGUGUGGUGGGCAAAGACUUUGGAUCUUGCAUCACGCAUUUGCGCGGUAGUUUCAUUUUCUUCCAUGUGGAGAUGAUGGAGUUUCUUAUAUUCAAACAUAGCACAGACUCUAGUGAAA